CGAGUUCGGGAACUUGCACCUCUGAACGAAUAAGUCAGCUCACACUGACUGUCAGCAGACUGGACAAUGGGAUGAUCAUCCGAUGUGCUGCAAACCACUCUACAAUCACAACGCCUACGGAUCCGACAAAUGCAACCUACAUGUUGGCAAACUGACACCAUCACAGUUUUCUAUACGUUCAGUGACAGUGACCCCGAUGUCAGCUCCAACCCAUCAGGGGACACACACACCGUCGGCGACACCGUCAGCCUGAAGUGUAACGCUGUUACCAACCCACCAGCGACCUACACCUGGCAGAAAGAAGGAGAGGAUAAUUCCACAUCACCUGGCGAUGAAUUGAGACUUUCUAAUAUACAAAUUGAAGAUUCUGGAACAUACACAUGUUUGGCCACCAAUGUUGUUGGGGGUGUGACGUACGCUGCAUCAAAGUCCCUCAACAUCAAUGUUGUUGCUACAACCACAUCCCCUCCCACUACAACCGCUACGAGUACACAAAGACCUUCUCCUGGAAAUACUGACGCUGUUAAACCAGAACCUCCAGAUACGCUCAGUGACACUGACGCCGUUGUCAGCUCCAACCUUGCAGGAGGCACACACACCUGAAUUACACCUGUAGGAUUUAACCUUCACGUUUGUCAUUUCUACUGUAGUUGAAAAUUGUUCCAUAUUUAUCUUAGAUUUCCCACAGCAUUUUUGCUUUUGAGUUUAUUUAUUUGAAUAAAGAAGAAAUCACAUAAAAAAUAAGUACAGAAUGGGUGUACAAAUCAGGAUGUGAAAUAUUCUCCAUGACAUUGUUGUAAAGUAAAAGCUGACAAGCUAACAGAAGUAAUGUCUCAUUUUCAAUUGCAUUCAUGGGUAACCCUAUGUCUUGUAAUUACCAUGUACAUUAGGGUUUUAAA